AUGCGGCUCCUCCUAGCUGCCAUUUUACCGCUCCUGUUGGCUGUCGACGUCGCAGCAGUCAAACACGAGGACUUUAAGGAGUGCCACCAGACCUCGUUCUGUCGCCGUCUGCGCUCCAUCGCUGCGAGGCAGGAAGAGGCCGUGGCCAACGGAACAGCCUUUGCCUCGCCGUAUUCCCUCGGCAACCCCGUCGCUACCCCCGGCACCCAGUCUGCUGCAUCAUGGACGUUCCCCCUCACCUCGUCCCUGUAUCCGGACAUUUCGUUCAACCUGCGCGUCGACGUGCUCGCGCAGGGUGACGGUAUCGUCCGUAUCCGCGCCGACGAGGUGGACUCUGCGUCGCAGUGGAAGCGGUACAACGAGACGGCCAAGUGGGCGCUUGUCGACGCUGAACCCAACCUUGCGCGCUCCGUCGACGUGCAGUUUGCCCAUGUCGACGGCAUGACCGCGAUCGAGUACGGCCCCGGUCCUGCUCAGGAGCUCAUGCUCGAGAUUGUCCACUCGCCCCUCAAGAUUACGAUGAAGCGUGACGGUAUGGACCAGGUUGUGUUCAAUGACCGUGAUCUCUUCCACGUCGAGCACUACCGUGCCAAGCAGCUGGACGAGGGUGACGAGGCUGAGGCUGAGGGUACUGAAGCUGCGUCGUCCGAGGACGCAGCACAGGCCGUCAUGCAGGCUCCCAAGGCCGAAAAGAUUGACCGCUCGUGGUUUGAGGAGGACGACAAGGACGCUUUCGAGGAGCGCUGGAAGAAGUGGACAGACACCAAGCCCAAGGGUCCCGAGGGCUUUUCGCUCGACUUUUCCUUCCCCAACGCCGAUCACAUCUACGGUCUCCCCGAGCACGCCUCUCCACUCUCCCUGCCCUCGACCAAGGGUGAGGAUGCAUACUACAAGGAGCCCUACCGUCUCUGGAACGUGGACAUUUUCGAGUACGAGGCCGACUCGCCCAUGGCUCUUUAUGGUGCUGUCCCGCUCGUCCACGCCCACGGCAAGGUGAACACUGUCGGCGUGCUCAACCUCGUCGGCUCGGAGACGUGGGUGGAUGUCACGCACCAGCCCGAGGGUGUGCGCACCCACUGGGUCUCGGAGAGUGGUAUUGUCGAUUUCCUCAUCCUCCCCGGCCGCCGCCCUGUCGACCUCUUUGAGCAGUAUGCGUCUUUGACGGGUGCCGCCCAGAUGCCUCCCCAGUUUGCGACUGCCUACCACCAGUGCCGCUGGAACUACAACACCCAGGCCGAGGUGAUUGAGGUCCAGGACGAGUUUGACAAGGCCGACAUGCCCCUCGACGUGACCUGGCUCGACAUUGAGUAUGCCGAGGAGCACCGUUACUUUGACUGGGACCACAAGCAUUUCCCCGAGCCCAAGAAGAUGCUUGACGAGGUCGAGGCCAAGGGUCGCAAGAUGGUUGCCAUUGUGGACCCGCAUAUCAAGAAGACGGACUCGUUCCGCAUCUACACCGACGCGCGCGACCUCGACGUGCUGGUCAAGAAGGCCGACAACUCUGACUUUGACGGCUGGUGCUGGACCGGAUCCUCGGUCUGGGUCGACUUCUUCAACCCCAAAUCGUGGGACUGGUGGACACGCAUGUUUAGCUUCAACGUGUGGAAGGAGUCGUCCAAGGCGCUGUUCAUCUGGAACGACAUGAACGAGCCCUCGGUCUUUGACGGUCCAGAGAUUACCAUGCCAAAGGACAACAUCCACGACGGCGGCUGGGAGCACCGUGACGUGCACAACAUCAACGGUAUGAUGUUCCACAACCAGACGCAGCACGCCAUCACUGUGCGUGAUACUCCCGAGCUCCGCCCCUUUGUGCUGUCGCGCUCGUUCUUUGCCGGCUCGCACAGGUACGGCGCCGUCUGGAUCGGCGACAACCUCGGCACUUGGGACCACCUGGCCGGCGAGACUGCCGUCUUCCUCUCCAACAGCAUUGCCGGCAUUUCGUUUGUUGGCUCGGACGUUGGCGGUUUCUUUGGCAACCCCACCCCAGAGCUUCUCGUCCGCUGGUACCAGGCCGGCGCGUUCAUGCCGUUUUUCCGCGCCCACGCUCACAUUGACACCAAGCGCCGCGAGCCCUACCUCUUUGAGGAGCCUACGCGCUCGUACCUGCGUGACGCUCUGCGUCUGCGCUACGCCAUGCUUCCCGUCUGGUACAACGCCUUCCACGCCGCUGCUACAAAGGGAUACCCCGUCAUCUGGCCCCAUUACGCCCUGUUCCCCGAGGACGAAGGAGGCUUCGCCAUCGACGACCAGUACUACAUUGGCGACUCUGGCGUGCUCUUCAAGCCCGUCGUCGCCGAGGGUGCCCAGGAGUCGACCGUCUACCUUGCCGCCGACCAGCCAUACUAUGACUACUUCCACCGCAAGCUGUACUAUGCGAGCGCCAAGCCCAGGAACAUCACCAUUGCCACUCCGCUGGACCAGUUCCCGCUCCUCAUCGAGGGCGGACACAUUGUGCCCACGCGCGAGCGCGUGCGCCGCACCUCGAGCCUGAUGUGGCAGGACCCCUUCACGCUCACCGUCGCGCUGGGCAAGGACGGAUCCGCCACGGGCCAGCUGUACCUCGACGACGGCGAGACCCUCGCCCACACCCAGGGCGAGUUUAUCCACCGCCGCUUCUCGUACACGCCCACGGGCAAGAACGGCGCCGGCAAGCUGUCCAGCGCCGCCCAUGUCGUGUACGACGGUGCCAACGCGUGGGCCCAGAAGAUUGCCCACGUCAAGGUUGAGCGGAUCGUCAUUCUCGGACACGAGGCCGCGCCGUCGUCCGUCACUGUUGCCGGCGAGGCGGUGCAGUUCGAGUACACCAAGCCUGUCAAGGGCCGCGAGCCUGUGCCCGGUAAGGUGGUGAUCAAAAACCCCGGAAUCAAGGUCGGCGCCGACUGGGAGGUCGUCGUUGCUGCCUGA